UCAGGAGGCGGCCCGGCUGUGGACCAGGGGACGUGGAGGAGAGGAGGUCGCUCGGUGAUUGUAUUUGGACGACUGCAUUUCCCGUUUACCGGCGGGUGAAGCUGCGUUGGCUCUCGACGUAUGGUCAUUAGCUAUUUGGGAUCGUUGGUCCAGAAGCUGCUGCGGAUGAAGCCGAAGGUGGUGUUUGUGCUCGGCGGGCCAGGAGCCGGCAAAGGGACCCAGUGUACAAACAUCGUCAAGAAAUAUGGAUAUACUCACAUCUCUGCUGGUGAUCUACUUCGUGCGGAGCGAAACAAAGAAGGCACUCAAUAUGGAGAACUUAUUGACAUUCACAUAAAGGAAGGAAAAAUUGUACCAGUGGAAAUAACUAUUAAUCUCCUUAAAAGGGCAAUGGAUGACACAAUGGCUAAAGAUGCGGCAAAGAACAAGUUUCUUAUUGAUGGAUUUCCCAGAAAUACAGACAAUCUUGAAGGCUGGAACAAGUUUAUGGAUAAUAAUGCUGAUGUAAAAUUUGUCCUUUUCUUUGACUGUAACAAUGAGACAUGCGUGGAACGCUGCCUUGAACGAGGAAAAGGUAGUGGAAGAACAGAUGACAAUGUCUCAAGUCUGCAGAAAAGAAUUCAGACAUAUUUGCAGUCUACAAAACCCAUUAUCGAUCUAUAUGCAAAAGAAGGAAAAGUAAGAAGAGUUGAUGGAGCAAAAAGUGUUGAUGAGGUUUUUGUUGAGGUCCAGAAAAUCUUUGAUGCUGAAAAUGGGAUUGAAAAUGUUUGAUGAUCUACAAAUCUAGUGUUUUCCUUAGCUGGAAUAACUAUUAUAUACUUUUCUUUGUUUUUUUUACGUUAAUGGUUUUUUUUUGAGUGCACGUUUAGUGCACUCAUUACUUUUGUAAGAUAUUUUUUGUUAAGUGCAAUGAAGACGGGCUACAACUAGAACUCCUUGUAUGUGGAAUAGAAAUAUUAAUUUGAAACAUGUCCUUGCUUAAGGAUAUAUCUAAAUGCUCUUGUGGCUGAUUUUUUUCAUACCAAAUGUUUAAUUUUUAACAUGAAGCUGGUGCACACUUGCAUAUUUUCAAAUUAACUUGUGCAAUUUAAUUGGAUUAGUAAAUAUCAGCUUAUACCGUAUUUGUAAAUCUAAAAGCAAAUUGACCGGAAUUAAAGCAAUACAUAGUGAUGUAUUGUUAAAUAAUAUUGUUCAUGAAUCCUUAAUAUUUUUUUAUGGAGCAGCAACUAAAUUAGAAAAAGUUUUCUUUGAAACUAUGUUUGCACUUGUUCAUUUUGUUUGUGUACAUGUAAAAACAAUUCAUGCUAUAGAAUAUUUAAUGUGCAAAAAGUUUAAAACCUGUAUUUUUAAUGCACUUUGCAGUAUAGUAUCCCACAGGAUUAAUAUUUUUAAAGUGAAUCGGGCUGAUUCUGGAAUAGGUAGCCGAGAAACUGCUACAGGCCAAUAUUAUGUAUGUUGUGUUUAAAGAUGACUUUCAAGAAUUAGUAGAUCUGGAAGUGCAUUGAUGUAACCAGAGUUUUUCUCACCAAAGUCGUGCAACAAACCAUUUUUUGGUGUUAAUAACAAUAAUGGGCAUUUUUGUAUCAUUCUGGAACUUUAAUAGUACAUUUCCAGUACAAGUCACCAUUGAGUCUCAAACCAAUUUCUGCAAUGCUCCCAGAGCAGCAGUUCCUUUGGAGCUUUGCAAGGGAAUUUGGACAAUUGUCCAGUGAGAGGCCAUUGGUGGAUACUUCAUUCACCAGACAAUAAGUUCUUCCCAACAUAUCUUUCACAGUUUUCCCCUACAUCCCAACCCCACAAUGGAAAUUCUGAUUUCCAUUUUCUAGUGUUUGCCUCAUUGCUGGCCCUGACCACAUCACUGACCUUCCACCUUUCCCUUUCCAUUAUAUAUGAAAUAUCUAAUGACUAAUUCCAGUGGUAGCAAGGUGGGGCCACAACUGAAACAAUGGUGAGCACCCUGCUGCAUUGCCCAUCUAGUGCAGUUGUAAUAAACAAUGAUCAUUUUGCACUAAGUAAAUUUAAAGGACAUUGAAGGAUGCUUUCUAAAAUCGAGCCAGGUUGAAUGCUUCUGGUUAGAUUGUAAAUGCUGGAAACAUCGAGCAGUUCAGUCAGCAGUGUAAGGUGACAGGAUUUGCAUUCCUAUUCUGUGAGAUCAGUCCCCCUAAUGAUUUAUCUUUCUUUGCAUUUAACGGAUGCUGAUAUAUUCAGCACAUCAUUAAUUCUUGAGUUUGAGCCUAUCAUGACCAAUUGUUUUACUUCAAUCUCUAAUUCCAAUCUUUCUGAUCUGAACAUUGAAUUCUGAGAACUUUAUCCCUUUAUUCAAGAUGAGAAUUGACCAGAAUACUUUCAUUUAAUUUGAUUGCGAGAGUUUCUGCUUUGGCGCGGUCUCUUAUUGUUUUUUUCUUAAUUAAAAUCAUACUUUUUUUUUCAAUUAUAUUUGAUAGCUAUAUUGCUGAAACAUUAUUAAAAUCAGGGCUUUUGCUUAUUGUGCAGCAAAUACUGUUAAAAAACAAGGAUAAUUAAUGGUGUACUGCCGACAUGUAUUUGGAAGUGCCAAGGCUUGGAAAAUGCUCAUACUCUGUAUUUUAUGAUUUAUAAGCCGAUGUGAUAUUGAGUAAUUACAAUUCAUUCCACUUAUUUAUCUCUGUCGGUAUAACUGUACCUCACUACAGCAUUGUUAGCUUUUUAAAACUGGUCACUUCUGACUAUUUUACAAUGAGACCAUUUUCAGACCUUCAGCAACAUCACAUUUCAGUAUAAAGGUAUACUACCUUUGGAUGUGGGGCCUUUUUGCUUCGUAGCACCGCAGAUUAAAAAAAAAUAAAGAAAAAUUGAUUGCUU